AUGUCUUGGAUAAAUUGCCAACUACUUUCCAGUCUUAAACAACUGAAACUCACGCUUGCUCCAUCACAUUCAAAAUCAACUCGUGUGCUGAUUACUCCCAACACCAUCGACUUGACAACCAUCAACAGUGCAGAAUCCGAUCCUCUUUCUGAUACGUUUCUUUGUUUUUCUGAAACUGUUGAUCCAUCCACACUCAAUAUCAAUCAAUCUGGCCAUUAUGUCACUCUGUCACUUGCUAUUCAGUCUAUGGACUCAAUCGAAACUACCACCAGUAUCACUCCAGACUCUGCUCAUACCGACAUGACUGCUGCUCAAAAUUGGUCAAGUAGCCAAUCUAUACAAUGCCACAACUGUAAAUUCAACCUAACCAACACAUCUCAAUCAGAUCCAUCUGCAGCCCAUAACCUCUUUGAACGGCACGUAGAUCUGCCAUCACAACAUUGGCAUGAGAUGCUGGAGUGCUGGGCUUGUCAUCAUGAAGAUUAUUCGUCGACACUGCAAGGGCAGCAAGGAGGACUCAUUCUUGCACAGAAAAACGCUGUUCUUGUAGGCGACUCGUACAUUCUACUGCAUCCAGAUACCAUGCAAAUGGAUCGCCUCGCGAUUAUAUAUACCGGAAACGAGCCUGUUGGAAGUAUCAAAGAAAGCAAUAACCGCUUUCAUUUACAGCAAGUCAAGAUUGUCAAGCUGUUCAAGUACAGAAUUGAUGCCAUGAUAGGUUCUGGACGACCAUUGCAUACUUCAUUUCCAGACUGUUUUAUAGAAGAGAUUAUGGAUAUUGCCAAUGCCCAUGCCACAUAUCGUUUUUAUAUCCAUGAUGAGGAUAGUUUAAAUGAGGCCAAGCCAUUGCUUUAUAUAUGGUUGUUUUCCACUCAUAUUCAAUCGGUGCGUAUUCGAGAAACUGGCCGAGUCAAGGUGAAACAACGCCCAGCCAUCAAGGUGCUAUACAAGACGUUUCACAGAAAUGAUCCAAUCAACAAUCAUCCUGAUAUGUCAAACAAACAAAACACUGAGCGAUUGUAUAUGGCAUCUGAUUUGGUUGUCAUGCUAAUUAAACUAUUACAUAUAAACUCGGAGGAGCAGCUUCCCGCGCCUGAGCGAAAAAUGCUUGGGUUCAAAGCCAGUGUAUUGUUUUACUCGAGACCAGCUUGA